CUAUUCCUCGAUAAGAUGCCGCCAAGCUGGCCAUAUAUGGAGAACCUUCGUGCCGUCGAAAGGGAGUGUCGUCGACAUCGCAUGAUGAAGGUCCACUAUAUGGUGCGUCCUAGCAAUCUGAGUCAAAUGCUCUGCGCGUGUCUUGAGAUCGCUUCCGCAGUUCGACCGCGGUUCCCAAGGCUCAAUUGGAUGUGCAAACUGAAUAUUCAGCCCAAUUGGAAAGAAAUUCAGCGCUUCCAUGAUUCGUGGCAUGGUAAGGCUGGUAAGACUUGUCGUCUGCUUAGAAUGGAAUGUGGCGCUUCAGUGUGGGCCGCAAACUUUCGCUUCCAUCCGAUUUUGAGGGAGCAUGAACUACAGUUAUUAGAGCGUCAAGAUUGGACGACGCUAUGGAUCGAGGAAACAGCAACUCUGACGGAGGAUGUUGUGAAGAAGCGCAUACAAGUCUUGCUUCGCUUACUGAAGUAUGGCAUCUGA